AUGAACGAAUCUAUCUUGUCCACCUUUAAGGAAUCACUGGAAAGGGACCCGUCAGCUGAUCUUUCAUCUUUGUUUAAGAGAUACGCCACAUCCUACCCGAACAGGCGCGCGAAAUGGGAGAAAAUGCGACCUUCCCCGAAUUUUCGAAACGACACAUCUGUACCAUCCAAGCGCAUCCAAGAUAUUUCACAGACACCACUUGAAACCCAAACAGAGGCUACGGAUCGGCCUAGUCAAGUCAUUGUGCACCAAAAACUGGAUCCGGAGGUCAGCGCAAUCAUUGACACCUCUAACCUGGACCAAUUUCCUUCCUCGGAUGCUCCAAGGUUUGUCUCAAAUUUUACGGAAAUACUACAGAAAGGGACGACAAUUUCACAAUCCGGCGGCAAGACCAUCGUCCUACUCGAAAAUGGUAUCGUCGUAAAGCAUGGGCUCUACAUGGACUGCAACGAGGCACAUAUUAUGAAAUACGUGCAACGAAUUUCGGACAAUGUACCGCUACCUCGACCUCUCGGUGCGCUCUCCAUCGGCCUUCGGACCUACAUAUUUAUGACAUUUAUCAAAGGGAAUCCAUUGGACAAGUCCUGGUCGUCACUGUCUGGAGAACACAAACAUUCUAUUCAGAACCAGUUAAGCGCUAUACUCGAAAAGCUGAGGUCUCUGCCACUGCCUUCACCUUACCUUGGUGGAGCAACGUGUCUUUGUAAAGGAGAUGUUCCUUGUUGUAAAGACACAAGGAGAUACACACGUUUCAGUCAAACUCCUAUACGGAACGAAACCGACUUUAACAAAUUCCUACUCUCAGGAACUGGGCCAAGAUAUUCUCGUGCUUACCUUCAAUUCUUAAAUUCUCUCCUUCGGACAGACCAUCGUGUUGUAAUGACACACGGCGAUUUACAUCCUAGGAACAUCAUGGUUGAGUUUGGAACUGGAGCUGAAGGGUUGGUGAGGAUAACCGGUCUCAUUGAUUGGGAAAUGAGUGGUGCAUAUCCAGAGUACUGGGAAUAUGUGAAAGCACUGAAUACGGUAUCGCCUAUCGAAGAAGACGAUUGGAGCCUGUUUCUUCCUACCAGGGCCAUAGGACAUUGUGCAGCAGAGUACGGCAUAGACUGUCGCAUCGACUCCUUGGUUGCUUGA